UGAAAGCGUAACAACCUCAACUUUAACCGCUCGCCAAUGAUGUCUUCAUUAUAAAUACACAGAUUCGAUAGUUCAAUGUGUUAGUUAAACGCCGUCAAAAUGAUGGCGCGUGUCUCGCGAUUAAUCGCUUUAUCGUUUUUACUAACCAUUGCAAUCGUUACUAGUCGCGAGCUCGCUAAUACCGCCGAUAACAGUGAAAAUGCUCAAGUGUUGCCUACUCACUCGAAUAAUAUCGCUUUACGUGAUGUUUUACAUUUAAUUCAAAAACGUGAAACAACCCAAGUCGGCCCUCUCGUACAAAACGAUCAACUCGCAUCAGCCAGUCACAAGAAGAAAAAAAAGAAGAAGAAGAAGAAGUGGAAAAAAGGAGGCGGCCACAAGUACCACGCCGACCACCAUAAGAAAAAAGGUCACAAAAGCGAAAAAGGAUACAAAAAGAAGCACCACUUCGAUAAAGGCGAAAAAGGCAAACACGGUAAAGAAGAACACGAAGGACACUACAAAAAGAAAAAAGGACAUAAGAAGAAGAAACACGACGAAGCUGAAAAAUACGGCGAACAUCACAAAGCUGAGAAAGGUCACAAAGGUGCCAAAUUUGGCGAAAAAGGCGGUCACAAAAAAGGUCAUAAGACUAAAGGAUACCAUAACAAGUUCCACAAAGACGAAUACCAUAAAGAGCACAAAUUCUACGAUCACUACGAUAAAAAGGGUCAUCACAAGAAACACGGACAUCAUCACAAACACCAUGCCAAGAAAGAAGGUAAACAUAAGAAAGGUGGCCAUCAUAAAUCCGGGUUCAAACACGAUCACAAGGGCAAAAAAGGUAAAAGUGAAAAGGGACAUUACGAUAAAGAAGAAAAAGGACACAAAAGUAAAAAAGGACACGACGAGAAACACGCCCAUAAAGAGAAAUAUGGCAAAAAGGGAGGGCAUAAAGAAGGCAAAAAAUACGGUUACAGUAAAAAGCAUUGAUCUAAUUAGUGUUAUGUGUUCGUGUUUAUUUAUUUAUUAUUGUUGCAUCGUGACGAUGAUGCAAUUUUUCAUUCAAUUCGU